AUGAUUGUGCCCGCUGGCUGGCGGCGCAGAGUUUUGGUUGUAUUUGCCAUCACUUCCACUCUACUAGCCUACCUCUACCUAUCGCGCAACCGAUCCACCGACCAUCCUUACGCCUCGCCGAUCAUUACCUCAAAGUCUUGCCCGAUCGAACAAUCAGACCCAGCUCAGGAGCUACCGCUCCCAGCAGAGUAUGAAGUUCAAGCCACGGAUCCAGAAUGGUGCGAAAGCAAGUACAGCACGGCAUACCUCACCAACUUGCGCGACGGGCGCCAGUCGUACUGCAACCCCAUAUCGUCCGAUUCCUCACUCGAGUGCUUUGGCACGACCAUCACGGAGGAACGCAGGGACAUCUUUUGCCUGGCCAAGGGAGUAUCGAUGCUGCAUACACAGCAGUCGACUACCUUCAAGCUCGACUGCACGACGUGGGAUAGCUCCAGUGCGGAUGGUUCUGCAGCGGUGUUGGACACACAAUCAUUUCCCAAAUACAUGUACAACACCGGGCCGUACCACAUCUACUCCCAGUACUUCUCCACAACCACAAAGAAAUCCCCAGAGCCUCUCUGCACGGAAUCAUCCUCCCCGAAGUACACUAUUCUCCUAAAACGGGAGGGCGACGGAAACCUCUGGCAUUCGCUGCUGGAGAUAUUCUCCCUCUAUCUCACCAUCGACGCGCUACGCAUUACGCCUCUCGAUCCAUCGAAGCUACCGACAUCCGAGUCGCUCAUUUCCGCAGCAGAUAUACCGUCAACGCAGAUUGUCAUACUUGAUAACCACCCUGACGGACCAUACUUCGACCUCUGGAGGCUGUUCGCCCCGCUUCCAAUCGUGCGCCUCAAGGAGCUGCCCUUUGGCUCCGAACCGGCAUGCCUCGACAACGUCAUCAUUCCCCUCGCAGGAGGCAGCAACCCGCUCUGGCGUGGUGACUGGCAUGCUGGCGCUUGCACACAUUCCCCGCUACUCGACAUUUUCUCACGGCGCGUUCUCUCGCAGUACGGCUACGACAACCUCAUGAAAUCUUCCUCAUAUUCCCGAGAGGUUACAUCGAGCCUGACACUCACUUUUAUCGACCGUCGUGAGACCAGAGCCCUCCGCGACACCCCACAUCAUCUUGAAAAUCUACAAGCACACUUUCCCAACGUCCACAUACAGUCAAUUGAUUUUGCAGCUAUCCCGUUUUCCAAGCAGCUGCAGAUUAUCCGAGAGACGGACAUCCUUGUCGGUGUCCACGGAGCGGGCUUGACGCAUUCGAUGUUUCUUCCGGAAGGCUCCAGCGUAGUGGAGAUCCUACCGCACAACUUGAAUUACAAAGGCUUCAGGAAUCUGGCAAAGCUGAGGAGGCAUCGCUACUUUAGUGCACACGCAAACUUUAGUGACGAGAAGGGUGACUGGCAUGACCUGGACGUCUCGAUAGACGAAGACCGCUUCAUCGAGGUUGUUGGAGCCGGGAUUAGAACAAUGUUGCACCGGGGCGAGAUAGAUGAAGAUGUUGCGUGA